GUAUAACUAAAAUAUUCAAUGAGCAUACCUCAACUCCCAGUAUCGGAGUGGACGUUACGGUUAUCCGGGACUACGUUUGGCCCAAGAAGAAGGUUUUAAGAAAGACGCGCUGGUAUAACACUCAGCAAAGCGCUAGUGUGUUAUUACCGAGUUUAGCCAAAGGUGAAUCACAAUUCACUGCUUGUACAUCAGCUAUAACUGGCUUACGUGAACUGGGCGCCUGCAUUAUUAGAAACAGGAGCAUUUAAUACGUUCAACAAAGGAUUUACAUGCCAGGGGCUCGCAUGCAACGCUUAAGUUAAACGUCUUCAACUUUCGUCCUUAACAAGGCAGCCGUAUUAAGGGCUUUUGCCUCAAGGGCGCGAUAGUGUGAAGUCUGGGACGCCCAUGGACCGAGUUUCGGUUCUGCACAAGGACGUAACAGGCUCAUAUCCAGGAGGUUCUUUUGAGGCUUGCUGCAUGGGCAGUCAUGGAGAUGCUACGAUUCCGACCCAUAUGCGGGUUGUCGCAAAUUUUCCCAGUGCUGGACUACCACAUGGGGAAGUCUAUGGCGACGUUGAUUACAAAAACUCGACGUUAUCACCGACGACCACCGCAAUGGGGUUCACUUUGGGCGCCUUGAACGACGCAGCUUGCUCAAGCAAGCGGGCAUCGGACCACUUCACUGUUACGACACCUCCAGUUACUGCUUGCCGUCAUUCUUCCUCCGUUUUCGCGGCCAGCUCAUCGUCGCAAUUAAGUGAUGCGGCUUUUCAUCACCAAGGUGGCUUAACAGCCAAUUGCUUUAAAGCUUCGCUGUCGUAUCUGGGUGCGUCCUUCCCGCAUCGUCUGGAUGAGCCAGCCGAGCAACUCGAGCGCAACGAGCAGCCGUCCAACGCGGCAUACCACGACACCUCACCAAGCAUCGCUCAAACUGCAGAUAACGGCUUCACGGACUUCCCCAAUACUCCCAGUCCGCAGCGCGACCAGCUUUUGGUCAGCGCUGAGUCCUUGACGCACUCCACGACACAUGACAGUGCAGCCAACGCUUCAGCCACCACAUGCAAGCCGGCUGAGCCCAGGCCGCUGCCUGCUCCCUUCCCCGCAGCGCAGCCCCCAAGCGACGCUCCCGCCCCCGGCCCGUCCACCUCCCCGCAGCAAAGCCUGCAGCUUAACCCCUACCCGCCUGCAGUCAUGCAGCCUGCCUACGGCCCCGCCUCCUCCGGCGCCUGGCUCUGCGCGCCUCGCUACCGGCCCUGGCCGCCAAGCGGCUACAUCCUCGUACCUCAACCAAUCCUGCUGCCGCCGCCAGCAACUCUGGGGGUCGAGUACGGCGCCGGCGGUCAACAGGAACCACCUGCAGCGUCCGACAGCGCGACACAAGAUGGAGCUGCGGCUCCGCUGCCGCGCGAGGUUGCCUCGCGUCCAUCUCUGCGGCUGCCGGCCCCACACCCGCUCCUGUACCCGCAGCGCCAGCCGCGGCUGCAUGUGCCUGGGGCAGCCGAGGCAACUGCAGCGGCAGCCUCCCUCGCCAUCGCCAGCCCGCCGCCAGCCGCUGCGGACGGCCAUGUUGCUCUACCACCGUCAUCGCUACUGCAACAGCAGCCAUUCAGUAACGCAGGCAAGGAGGUGGAUAGGGAAGGCGGCGCCAGCGCUGCCGUUGCGUUGCCUGCACAGGGUCCUGCCGCAGUAGCCCCUGCUGCGGUAGGAACGAAGAUGCUGCCGGCUCCGUCAUCUGCUCCUGCUGCUGCUACUUCCGCUCCCGCUGCUGCACCGCCGCCGCCGCCGCUGGUCCUACCCAACGGCGCCGUCGUGCAGCCUGGCAUGCUAGCGGUGCCGUACCACCACCCGCCGCCUCCGCUCCACCACUACCGUGGCCACCACCGCUACGCCCGGUUGCAGGCUCCCUGGCGCAUGGUCUGGGUUGACGGCUACGGAGCCGUCGCACCGCUGCCGCCGCCGCCGUCAGGCUACCAGCUGCCGCCGCCGCGGCCCUGGCCAGGGAUGUACGGCCAUCCGUCGUACAGUCGUGCUGCUGCCACCGCUAGAGCGCCGUUUUGGCACGAGGGGAUGACGGGUGCCGCCGGACACCCUCAAGUAGUUACCUCUACUGCUGCUGCCGCACAACCGGCGGUGGAAUUUCCUCCUUCAAGCAGCGGCGGCGCGCUGGAGCAGGGCGCCGCCGCCGCCGGCUGCAAGGACGCCUGCGUUGCUAGCUCAAUGGGGUCUGAGGAUGCUGAGGCCUGGCCGGUGCAUGGGGACGAAGAUCACGACGCGAUCGGCGGUGCCGCAGAGCUGUACGGCAACAGCUUCACGAGCCGUACCCAUGGAAUGCUGUACGACAGGCCGGUACGGGUACCGCCGUACAGCUGCAGCGAUGGGGGAGCACUUCCUAGAGGGGUGGGCGGCACGAGCGGGUGCGGCGCUGCAGCUGCUGUUGAUGCUGGGGGCUCAUUGAAGCGCCGGUUGUUGACGAGGCCAUCCUCGCUUGGUGGUGGUUGUGGUGGUGAUGACAUGGCGCCGCGGGCGUUCCUGGCGAACGGCCAACAGCACCAACAGCAGGAGCAGCAGCAAUUGCGGCACGCGUUACAACCUCCGUUUACCAUGCAGCCGUCGCUCCUCGCCUCUGCCGCCUCUGCGCCUGCACCCCUGCGGGUGUUCGAGCAGUUUGAACAGCAGGACAGCGCUCUCAAGCGCCGGCGCCUGCUGGCGUGCAGCAUGUCCCUGCCUCAGCCCUUAUCGCUGGCGCUACCCGCGCUACCGCCGCCGCCGCUGUCAUGGCAGCAGCAUCAGCCGCUGCUGCUGCCCCCGCAGCAGCUGCAACCCUCGGCCGCGUACGACAGUCGUUUUGACACGGCUAUGUUUGAUGCAGGGUACGGCAACGGCAGCGGCGUGACGGCGGCGGCGUCAUCCGCGGCGCUUCACCUGCUAGCGCCGAGCACUCCCGCUGCUGGGGCCAGGGCAGCGGCGGCGGCUGAAGCAGCCUUACCUACUGCUGCCGCUGCUGCUUCUACCACCCCCGCUACCACCGGCCCUCCCGCUGCUGCGGCUGCCCCGGCGGCGGCGGCCCCCCUGGAUGCUGUGGACGCAGCAGCCGCAUCUGCCAUGCAGCUGGAUGACGCCGCGUUUGAUGAGAUCUUUACAGCGCUGGCGGAGGAGGAGGCGCUCGAUGUGGGCGAGCUUGACGUGGAUGUGGACGUGUGCAUGGGGGGCGCAGUACAGCAUGCUGCGGGUGUCGACGUAUGCAUGGGGGAGGUAGCAGCGCCACAGGACUGCGCUGCUGCGCUGCCUCGGGGGCUGCGGGCGGGCGGAGCUGCAGCGGCGGCGACACAAGAAGCAGCGGGCGCGGCGGCGCUUUCCGCCGCCUCUGCCGUCGCUGCUGCUGCUGGCGGCGGAGGUGGAGGUGGAGGCGAGUCGCUGGCUGGAGACCCCUUCGCGGCGCUUUGCUUUGCCUGGCCCGGGCAGGGUGCGCUGCUGGGUGGGGCGGAGGACGGUCCCAACCAGCCGGCCACCAGGGGGCAUGAGCUGGAAGCGGAGGCGGCAGCGGCAGCGGGGGGCAGGACUCCUGCGGGCUCCUCGCCGCCUCCGCCUGUCGCACAACAGCACUCGGCGCAGCUUGCUACUGCUGCUUCUGCUGCUGCGGCAGCGGCGGCGGCAGCAGCAGCGGCUCAACUCCUGCCGACCUUCUUGCCCCUGAAAACGAAGCCAGCUGGUAAGCCACCGUCAGCUUCUCCCCCCUCUGGCGGCGGUGGCCGCUCCCGCGGCGCUUCCGCCGCCCCGCUGCCUCGGCGUCUGAACGGCAACAGCAGCCGCUCCAUCCGCUCCCUGCCUCCCGAGCAGCACCGCAAGCUUCUCAGCAGGUUGCCUGCCACCGUGAGAGUUACGGUGUCGGGGGAGGUGGCGGCGCUGGCUACGGCAGCAAUCAACGCGUGCUCCUCCUCCUCCUCCGGCGGCCGCGGCGGGGUCGCCUCACGCCGCGGGGGCGGCAAGAAGGCCGUUGGUAAGGCCCUUAACGAGGAAGAGGAGGAGGAGGAGGAGGCGGGUGAGGAGGGCGGCAAGCUGGAGACAUAUGAUGCGGCGGCGACGGCAGCAGGGGAGAUGGAGGAGCGGCUGAGUGCUGCGGUGGCUCGCGGCGGCGGCGUGCUUGGGCUGUUCCACGUGCUGCCGUACCUUGAGGGCCGCAAGUGCAUUGAGGCGGGCGGGGAGAUGGUGAGCAGGAGCGCGUUUGAGCGGCUGGGCGGCAGCAUGAUGGCCAAGUGGUACCGCAGCAUCAAGGUGGUGCCCGGCGGCGCGUCGCUGGGCAAGUGGCUCAGCAGCAACGGGCUGCCUGUACUGAAGGGCUCCCCUCGCCGCAACAAGAAGGGACAGAAUUCGGGUGACGGCGAUGUGGAUGGUUGAUGAUGGGUGGGAACACGCCCCUACAUGCCCGCUCUCGCAUCCGCAAAGGUGUGUCCGGGGAAUGAACAUGCAUGGGACAAAGAGACCGCGCGCACGUGUAGCACGUUUAUGUAGGUUGUGGCCGGUUUGACUUGCGUUUAAAUGGUGGGUGGUAACAAAGGCUGUUUGCUACGCAACGGAGAAUUAUAAAAAGGGGCCGAGGCGAGGCGGCGCUCGAUGGUAAAUCGCGCUUGUUGGUUGGUUUGCGCGCAGCUUGGCUCCGGAUUGGGGCAGCUUGACUUGGGGUUAUAGGGCAUGCCUUGAGAUAGGGCCGUACGUCAAGGGGGCUCGUAGGGGCGCCUGAAAGGAGAGUCCUUUGCCUCCGUGGCUUUUGAUGGGCAUCUGCUGAGUUGCAUCAAUGCUUGCAUGCAUGCAUGUGCGUUCAGCUGUUGAUGGAUCCACCGUACGUAUAGGUUUGUUCCUUUCCGAUAGCUUGGCGCUGCUGCUGCUGAUGCUGAUGCACUGUCUUGACAACCCGUACUUAUGUAGCAACCCGCUCUUGGACGAUGAGACUACACGUAAUUAUUUAUAGUUCAGUGUGAUGUGAUGUGAUGUGGUUCUAGGGACGCGUUCCCUUCCUCGCAGCUAGCUGUGCCCUGGAGGUAUCCAGUGGCUAGUCCUUGUUGCCGUACACCGUUGAGGUAGCACACCACAUUGCUGUUGGUAAUCUUGGCUUUGUUUGCACUUGUUUGUUUGUGGGGAUGUACGGAUAAGGGGCUCGUGUUUGCUGCUGGUGUUGUCGUUGGCACGCGGCACGUUGGUCUAAACAUGAUGUUGUGGGUUGCGGGGUGACGGUAGGGCAUAUUGCAAGCUGUGCUAGGCAUGCUCUGUUGCAUACUAAGCUGUGGCAAGCUAUGUUGCAUGUCAGUGGCAUAUGGAUGGCUGUGACCAGUUCGCUGCGAGCACGCACGCUUGGCUGCUUUUAGGCAUAAUGCGCAGCCCCUGUUGCCCUCGUUUGCACGUACGUGGGGGCUUUGACGUUCCGUUGGCUGUUUUUACCGUAAACUUGUGGCGUUAAACCAAGUUGGUUGUUAGUGUUUCCGUUGCCGUGAAAACUUGCGCGUGCCGUACACAUCUCUUGCUGCGGCGGGAGACGUUUCAUGUUGCUGAACUUGGCGGCGGUGGUUCCGCCCCUGCCGGGUAUAGCUGUCGAUAAUGUGUUUGGCGCGAUGACCAUUGAAUUUAUCGUGCGGUCGCCAAUCGUCGGUUGGAAACAUCCGUAGCCUUGUUGCCUUGUGCUGUGCGUUACCCCAAAUCUCAUGAAACUGAAUCCCUGCCACUCAUCUUUGCUGCUGCAGCACACUCGUGGUUAACACCCAUCACCAGGCAACUGUAUGUUUCUGUUUUUGAUUGAUUGUAGGGGCCUUCUGGAAUGUCUCGGUGCGCAAUUUAAAGGCCACAAUUCGUUUGCGUUUCCCUGUGUUGCGUGCGCUUGCUGACGAAGGGAAAUGGUGGGUUAAGCGAGGCUGGCUGAUAAGUAAAUACAGGCGUUUUGUUGUUGUUUGGAUUUCUUUUGGCCGACGUAACAAAGGGCGACGUAACAACACUUCCCUAGGGCUGUGGUGAUGGGGUCUGCAUGGAAGCACCUAAUUACUCGUACAACACACAAGUACCGCUGAACAUGCAUGCAUUCACGAUUUGACGCCGGAGUAUGUCAUUGCAUGCCAUUUGAGCUGCGCGGGCUUGUUUAACAAAUUACUUGGCUUUGCUCGAGGUUUCACUUGAGGUUUUAGAAGUUUUAACCGUCGGCUGCUUGUUUCCUGGUGGGGUAGGAAGGGCCGCUGGGAAUGUCGUACGGACUGCUUAUUGACUAUCUGCUACAGUAUACGCCCCUCCACCGGUUACAAUAGCGUUCGUUCGUUAGUCCGUAGCCGUGCGUGUUGGGUGAAUUCAAAAGGUGAAUGAACGACGACCGUUACCGUAGUUCCGAAGAAGAGAACUUGGGUGAUGGGGCGUGUGUUAAAAUAACUGGCGUGUGUGUGUUGGGAGGCAGGGAGCGGGGCCCCUUGAGCCACUGAGAGAGUUGUCAUGAUGACUUGAAGAGAGAGGGGUGUUUACACGCUAUUGUUGAGCCGAUUGGGAUGGAAAUGUAAGCCAAUGUAAGGGAGGUUUUAUAGUUUGCGAUGGAGGGUUACUUUGUACUUAGCGAUGCCAAGGGGGUCAACACGAAUUGGACCUGACAGUCGUAACUAUUGUAACG